AUGAAGGAGCCCGUAGAGGGCAUCACGACUACUAUUGACGACUCUAAUGCCCGCUUUUUCCAUGUUGUCGUUGAGGGUCCCAAAGACAGUCCAUAUGAGGGUGGAUUUUUUAAGCUCCAAUUAUUCCUUCCAGAAGAUUAUCCAAUGUCUGCCCCUAAAUGUCUCUUUACGACCAAGAUUUACCAUCCAAAUAUUGACAACCUUGGUCGUAUCUGUCUUGAUAUACUGAAAGACAGGUGGAGCCCUGCUCUUCAAAUCAGAACAGUUCUCUUGUCAAUUCAGUCCCUUCUAAGUACUCCCAAUUUCGAUGAUCCCCUAGCAACCGAUGUCGCAAGCCAUUUCAAAUCCAACAAGGAUCAGGCUAUUCAGACAGGUUCGUUGGAAUUCAUCCCUUGCAUUAGCAUCCAUAUUUAA